GGGGCCGCGCGCGCGCCCCUGGCGCCCACGCUGCCCGCGCCACGCCGCGUGCGCGCGCCGCGGGCCAAUGGCCUCGCCGCGAGCGGCCUCCGGCGGAGCGGCCGGGUGCAGCCUGCGGCCCCUCGCGUGCGCCGGGCUCGGCGGGCAGCUCCCGGCCUCGCCUUUCGGAGCCUGGACGGCAUCUCCCUGACGCUGCAGCCUGGCCCGGCCAGCGGCCUCGUGCAGGCCUGGAGCGCCGAGCACCUGGACUGGGCGCUCGCCGCCUCCGCACGGGUGCGACUCUGGGCGGCCGCCGCGCCAAGGGGGGAUCGGCCCGGCAGCAGCACUCCACGGCCACCUGGGGAGAGGGUCCGCGUAGAGUCAACCCGCAUGGUGAGGACGGGGAAUUUUCCAAAGGGUCCGCGUGCAGCCACCCCGCAUGGUAAGGACGGGCAAUUCUCCCCCCGGGCGGCGCCUCCGGCGCCGCCCCUGGCGCGCUCCGCACGCCAGGGAGGGGAGUCCAGCGCAGAUCAAAAAAAUCCGCGCGGAGCGCUAAAAUUUGAUGUUUAUGGCGUUGUUUCUUCUUCUACUUGA